CAGUCAGUCCGAAACAGAUCUCCCCCUCCAGCACCGCAGCAUGGACUCAUUUCUCCACACACCAGCUCUGAGUGGAUACUCAGCAGGGGUGUUUUGAGAUAUUAGCGCGCUGUGUUGGGGGGAGCGGGGUUCUUGCCCACCUCCACCAUCCCCCCCCACCGUUCAAAAGAACACUACCUCUUUUAGAAGAGUCUAACGACGACGACGAUUUGUCCUUUUUUUCAAUAUCUCCUCCUACAACUCCACCACAACGACGUAUGCUCGACCACUCCUCUUCAAAGAGCGUGCAGUCAGAAGAAUGGGCAAAUCGGAAAGCCAAAUGGACAUCAUGGAGAAAUCAAGCAAACCUGGCAAACAUCGUUGGACUGUGGCAGAGAUCGGUCUGUCUGUGCUCCUGCUGCUGCUUAGCUGUGCCUUGGCGGGCCUGGUGGUCCUCUAUACGUCAGUCCUUAAAGAACAAUCUCACAGGUCGAGCCUGUCACGGAGCUCGGCGGGGGCCGGAGGUGAGCGUCUCUGUCAGCUGUUUCGUUCCAACCUGGACCACCAUGUGUGCACAAGUGCAGACUGUGUUACAGCAGCAUCCCGGCUCCUGCAGAACAUGGAUCCAUCUGUGAAGCCAUGUGAUAACUUCUACCAGUACGCCUGCGGGGGCUGGCUGGAGCGCCACGUCAUCCCGGAGACCAGCUCACGCCACAGCGUCUUUGACAUUCUAAGGGACAAGCUGGAGAUUGUGCUCAAAGGCGUUCUCGAGACAGAGAGUGAAGAAGACAGAGAUGCCAUCAAGAAGGCCAAAAUCCUUUACAGCUCCUGCAUGAAUGAGAGCCUCAUAGAGCAACGGGACUCUCAGCCCCUCCUGAAGCUCAUAGACAGUAUUGGAGACUGGCCUGUGGCAUCUGAUGACUGGAAUGCCACCACUGAAGACGCAUGGAACCUUGAAGACACUCUGGCUACACUGACAGCUCAUUAUCACAAGAAGGUCCUGCUGGACAUGUACGUGUGGACCGAUGACCGGGACUCUCAGCGCCAUAUCGUUUAUAUUGACCAGCCAGGACUCGGGAUGCCAUCGAGAGAUUACUAUUUUAAUGAUGGAAACUACAAAAAGGUUCGAGAGGCCUACCUGCACUUUAUGGUCUCUAUCGCCAAAAUAACCCGUGAGGACAGGAACUUGACACAGGAUGAUGACCGUGUGUGGGAGGAAAUGAUGCAAGUGCUGGACCUGGAGACAGACAUCGCUAACGCCACAUCGCCGGCUGAGGAGAGACAGGACGUCACGGUUCUUUACAACAAAAUGACACUGAAUGAGCUGCAUGCCACAUUCAGCUUUAACGGUUUCAAUUGGACGCGAUUUAUUAGAGGGGUGCUAGCCAGCGUUUCCCUCAAUGUGGAGCGGAAAGAGGAAGUGGUGGUGUACGGUUCGUCCUACCUUGACAAGAUGAACGAAAUCCUCUCCAGACAUAGUGUCAGAACUAUGCAGAACUACCUCAUCUGGCAGCUGGUGAUGGACAGAGUGAACAGCUUGAGUCGCCGCUUCAAAGACGCCAGGGCUCGUUACAGAAAGACGCUGUAUGGGACCACAGUGGAGGACGCUUGGUGGAGGGAGUGUGUACGUUACGUCCAGAGCAGCAUGGAGAAUGCAGUUGGAGCUCUCUAUGUGCGGGAGACCUUUGCUGGAGAAAGCAAACGGAUGGUCAGCGACCUCAUUGGGAAGAUCCAGACUGCAUAUGUAGAAACGCUGGAUGAGCUAAGCUGGAUGGAUGCACCCUCUAAGGAGAAAGCAAGAGAGAAGGCCAUAUCAAUCAAGGAGCACAUUGGCUACCCAGAUCACAUUCUACAGAAAAGUAACUACAAGCUGGAUCAAGAAUAUGCUCAUUUGAAUUUCAGCGAGGAACACUACUUUGAGAAUGUCCUGGAGAACCUCAGGUCCGAGGCCCACAAGAGUCUGAAGAAGCUCAGAGAGCCGGUGGAUCCCAACUUGUGGAUCAUUGGUGCUGCUGUGGUGAAUGCAUUUUACUCUCCCAACAGAAACCAGAUUGUGUUUCCUGCAGGCAUUCUGCAGCCACCAUUCUUCAGUAAACAUCAGCAGCAGGCUCUAAACUUUGGUGGAAUCGGAAUGGUCAUUGGACACGAGAUCACGCAUGGAUUUGAUGACAAUGGGCGCAAUUUCGAUAAGGAUGGCAACAUGCUGAACUGGUGGAGCAAUUACUCUGCCGAGCACUUUAAGGAGCAGUCACAGUGCAUGGUACAACAGUAUGGCAAGUUCAACUGGAAGUUAGCAGGUGGACAAAAUGUAAGUGGAAUCAGCACUUUAGGUGAGAACAUCGCAGACAACGGAGGGGUUCGCCAAGCCUAUAAGGCUUAUCUGAAGUGGGUGGAGACAGAAGGGGAGGAGCCUCGUCUUCCCGGUUUGAACAUGGACCACAAGCAGCUUUUCUUUCUUAACUUUGCCCAAGUUUGGUGCGGUGCUUAUCGGCCCGAAUACGCCAGCCAAUCCAUCAAGACUGACUCCCACAGCCCCUUAGAGUACAGGGUUCUUGGUUCGCUCCAGAAUUUCGAAGCUUUCUCUGAAGCCUUCCAGUGCAAAAAAGGCAGUCCCAUGAACCCUGAGCAGAAGUGCCGUGUCUGGUAAACAUUUUACGCCGAAAGGAGACUCUUUAAGAUUGGACUCUUUUAAUUGGCGUGACCGCGAUUAUUAUCGCACUGGCUGUUGUACUUAGCAACGGGUGAUAUCCUGGAUUCGUUUCGAGCCUUGAAAACAUACUCUGGCAUAUUACGAGUUGAGAAUGUUCCUUACAGAUAUCUAGUGGAGAUCUUUGUGAUUUACUUGUGAAUGUUUUCAUUUGGCCCCACGCGGAAUGAACCACGGCAAGUGCUUGCAGGAUUAAUGAAAACAUAGGUGGUGACAAGAGAAUUGGUUCCAUUCAGUGACUUUGUCCAGUGACUGUUAUGUGCAGCAAAUUACCUGAGAGAUUUAAGACUGUUCAAUCUUAAAUUAACAUUUAGACCGAGCUGCAGCUUUUAACAAAGACUCAGCAAAUAUGUCAACUUUGGCUUUCGUAAGGACUGUUUCUUAGUACAGUAAUCCCUCGCCACAUUGCGGUUUCAAUUUUGCAGCUUCUCUAUAUCAUGGUUUUCAAACAUACAUUAGUUCAUAAAGCCUGCUGUUUUAUGGUUGAAUAUGGCCUAUUAUUAGUCAAAAAAUAUGCAUAUAGAAGCAAAUGUUAUGUAUUUUCUGCCUAAAAAAAUACAAAUACAAGGAAUUAAGAAGUCGCAUUAAAAUUGUAAAUGUAAUAUUCUGCAUUGGUCACUAGGUGUCAGUAAUAAUUUGGUGAGACAAGUACAAGACUUGAUCACCAGAAUAACAGGCUUUUAUUGCAGGUUUAAAUUACGUCACAACAGGCACAAUAAUAAUAAUCAUCAUAACAAGGGCUACUGUUGUGGCCGUAAUCCAGAUAAAACUCCAUUGUGAACCCCCGUCACUUCCUGUCCCGAUAUUUUUUUGCAACAUACACAAGCACAAGUCUUAUUUAUGGCCUAAAAAGCUUAUUUUCUCUGAAUGGCUUAUUUUCUCUGAUUAUAUCUACUGAAAAUUGAAGUUCACUAUCACGGUCGGGGCUGGAACCAAUUAACUGAAAUAAACAAGGGAUUACUGUGCUCACAUACAUUUACCAUCACAGCGCAAACGGGAGCUGUCUCACUUACAAAUUGUUUAGGUUUUGAGAUUAUGGAACUAGAAGUAAGAUUUUAAUGAAUUGUUAAUUCUCAUGUAUGUGCAAACAGAAGUUUAAUUUUGCUGAUAAAAACAUGCGGGGAACCUUACCUUUUUUGCUUUACAGUGGCAGCUCCAAUCCUACCCUUGACGUUGUUCUACUAUUAAAACAAAGUGAAUGAAUUUGCUGCAGAGUCAGAUUUUCACCUUCAUAAAACAUUAACGUAGUAUAAAGUAUAAAGUAUAAAGCCAAAUUAAGCACUGUACAAUAAAACUAAAUUAAGUAAAACUACUCACCUUUUGAAGACACCGGACAGGCAGGAGAGGGAACAGGAGGCAUAUUCAUCAUGGGAAAUGUUGGCUGAACUCUCAAAUUGGACCACUUUCCAGCGGCGAGAUACUACUGUGUCUCAUGGCCAUCCUUUUCUUUGUCUUAUUUUCACUAAUUCCCAAAAAUAAAGUCAAAUAAAAUGUAAAAAACACUAGAAAAAUAGUACGACUCAAGCCGCUUUGUUUCGUUUUUGUCAGGAUUAGGCAUAGGGUGUAUUUUAUUCACUUUGGGCUGAAGUAUAUCAGAUUGUUUUAGUAGACUCAACAAUUGUAAUGAUGUAAAAAAAAAACCCAAAAAACGUUGCUUUCGGUUUGGUCUGGCGCAAGGCUAACAUGUGUUUUGAAUUCAACAAGCUGAGGACCAAAACACAACACAGUUAACACUCAACAAACAAAUGACACGUGAAGGUUAGACUGAUCAGCCAGCGAAGGCAGAUGAAGCUCACAUUGGUGAUCACUAAUGGACAUGGAAGGUCGCUGAGGCCUCGUGACCGUCAAGUACAAGACGGCCAGCUAGCAAGCGAGAAUGGGGAUCGGACUGUUAUUUUCUACCUUUAUUACCACUUAAUGGCAGCGGAGAAUCAAAGCAGAGGGGGGAUGGUGGCCAGGGCGGGGGAUUAGUGCUGCUGCUGUGCUGCAGAGAGCUUUUAAAAAAUGAACAUAUUCAGGAUGUCUCGCAAGCAGAACUGAAUGUGUUAUACUAUAGAGUACAAUGUAUCAUCAUAUAUGCUUGAUGUUCUAUACAGCAGUAUUUACAUGUAGAUACAUCAAGUCACAUUCACAUGAUGAAACUGUCGUGUUAUUCUUAUUACCAAGUAUUUUUUUUGCUAUAAACACACUAUCUAUCUAUCUAUAGAAUAUAUAAAGGCAUUUAUCUAUUUAUGAUAUUGCAUUGUUGCUUUGCUAGAUUUAAAAAUGUAUAAUAAUAAAAAGUAUUUACACUAUACAGUAUGUUUUAUGGAAUGUUCCUGCAGGAAUGUUAAUUUCUAUAACUAUUUUUGUGAUUCUAACCUGUAAUUAUAGCCAUUAAAGUGAAUGUGCCAACAAAGAGAAAGUCGCGUCUGAAUGUGUUUUUAUUUUAAACAUUGGUGGCUUGACUUAUACUGUACACCAUUUGUCUGGUUUUAUUUGUAAUUAUUUGGAAGAAAAAUAAA